AUGCUGGGGCGGCAGCUCGUCUAUUGGCACCUUCUGGCUUUGCUUUUCCUCCCUUUUUGCCUGUGUCAAGAUGAAUACAUGGAGGUGAGCGGAAGAGCUAAUAAAGUGGUGGCGCGAAUAGUGCAAAGCCAUCAGCAGACUGGCCGUAGCGGCUCCAGAAGGGAGAAAGUGAGAGAGCGGAGCCAUCCUAGAGCUGGGACUGUGGAUAAUAACACUUCUACAGACCUAAAAUCCCUGAGGCCGGAUGAGCUACCGCCCCCCGAGGUAGAUGACCUAGCCCAGACCACCCCAUUCUGGGGCCAGUCUCCACAAACCGGAGGACUGCCCCCAGACUGCAGCAAGUGUUGCCAUGGAGACUACAGCUUCCGAGGCUACCAAGGCCCCCCUGGACCUCCUGGUCCCCCUGGCAUCCCAGGAAACCAUGGGAACAAUGGCAACAAUGGAGCCACUGGCCACGAAGGGGCCAAAGGUGAGAAAGGAGACAAAGGUGACCUGGGACCACGAGGGGAGCGUGGGCAGCAUGGCCCCAAAGGAGAGAAGGGCUACCCAGGGAUUCCACCAGAACUGCAGAUUGCGUUCAUGGCUUCCCUGGCAACUCACUUCACCAAUCAGAACAGUGGGAUCAUUUUCAGCAGUGUUGAAACCAACAUCGGGAACUUCUUUGAUGUCAUGACCGGGAGAUUUGGGGCCCCAGUAUCAGGUGUGUACUUCUUCACCUUCAGCAUGAUGAAGCAUGAGGAUGUUGAGGAAGUGUAUGUAUACCUCAUGCACAAUGGCAACACGGUCUUCAGCAUGUACAGCUAUGAAACAAAGGGGAAAUCAGAUACAUCCAGCAACCAUGCAGUGCUGAAGCUGGCCAAAGGGGAUGAGGUGUGGCUGAGAAUGGGCAAUGGUGCUCUUCAUGGGGACCACCAGCGCUUCUCUACCUUUGCAGGCUUCCUGCUCUUCGAAACUAAGUAAAACUAUGAAUAGACCAGCUCCACUUUGGGGAAGACUUGUAGCUGAGAUGGUGUUGUCACGAUCCAAGGGAUUUUAGAGCCGAUGGCUCUACAUGUUGUAUUUAAAAACAUUUUUAUUGGUUACAUUACUAAUCACAGUACAGUUACAUCAAUAAUGUGGGAUGACUCAGGGGCUCAGAAGAAUAAACCACAAAACAGUCUUACCAAGAGACCUUGACUAAUAUACCCAGCAACAUUUAUUGCUCUUUUCUAGGCACCUAAAAGAGAAUUCCCCUCUUCAUACAGGUUAGAAAUGAUUGUUCCCAUCAGAAAAGUCAGUUUUGGGUGCUCUAAUAACAGCUUUCAGGAAGCUGUAAGGUUUGGGGUUCCUUAUUCUUUGGAGCAUUUCAGAGAAUAGGGUGCAGUGAUUAUGAUGGGGACAAGAAAAGAAUAAGGGGCGCUUGCCUGGAUCAAGGUAUCAGAAAUAUUUGUAAAGUCUAA